UCCUGCCGAGCUGCGCCGGGCGCCGCCAGACGGGCGGCAGCGCCGAGCCGAGCCGCGCCGAGCCGCCGCCAUGGCCCAGCCCGCCAGGCCUCCCGCCGCCUACCCCGGCCAGAAUGGGGCCGGCCAGCAGCCCUACAGCAACGGUCCUGUCCAGCACCAGCUGAUGCAUUCACCAGACGGCCAGGCAUACAGGCCUCCAGGGCCAGCAUCCUAUUUGCACCAGGCGCCAGCGAAGGUCCCUCCCCAUCAGUCUUCUGGACAGUACAACUAUGGUGGCUCUCAGUUAAACAAUUACCAAGGACCUGGGCAGACUCUCAACAGACCAGCACCACCUUUCUCUGGGUCACCAGCCCAACAGACAGGUCCUGCUCCACAAGUGCUGCUGCCUCCAUUGCAAAGCGCAGCUGCUGCAUCAUCUGCUGGUGGCUUUGCCUCCGGUGCUAGCCCAGCAGGGCUCUCAGACUGGCAGCAUGGCCAGGCUGCUGCCAGCCAGGCACUGGGGGCUCAGGCAGGCCAUGUGGCUCAUGGGACUGGGACAGGGUCAGCACAGCCCUCCUCCUUAGCAGGAAAUACAAACCCCGCAGGAAGCUAUCCCUAUGCUGCUUCUCCAGGAGGCCCUCCCCUGCAGAACAGCUUCGUUAAGCCAGGAUCUGCACCUCCACCAGUGACUCAGCCCUUAACUCCACUCCACCCCCCUUCAAGGCCACCUUUAGGACCUCCACCAGUUGGUGGCCCUCCUUUAAUUAGACCACCAGCCCAGGUAGCAGGAGCAGCUAACACACAUCCUCUGCUGAAUUCAGCUGCAAGUCGAGAAGGUGAUGCUACAUCUGCUGCCAGUGAUGGGGCUGUGCUGCAAAACAGCUAUGAUGCAAUAGAAGGUGGUGGCCUGAUGGCAAGCCCCCAUGCUUCUCCUGCCCCCUCCAAGCUGAACAGAAGUGUUGGGUAUUCUUACCCUGCCCUGCAUCCAGGCUACCAGAAUGCUUCCAGCCCCGGAGCACCAGGAAUGCAGGCAUCUCCUCUGCAGUACCCAGAUGGAGCAAAGCAUUUCCCCCAGCCUGUCCUGGGCACUAAUCACUUAACUGCAUCUAUGGGUGGCCUAAGCCUACAGCAAGAAGGACUAAGACCUGUGAAUCUUCUUCAAGAGAGAAAUAUUCUUCCCACGACCCUCUUGAGGGCUCCCGUCCCAAACUUGCAUGAAGAAAUCCAGAGGCUCAACUGUAACCCCGAGUUGUUCCGCUGUACCCUGACUAACAUUCCUCAAACUCAGGCCUUAUUGAAUAAAGCCAAACUUCCUUUGGGGCUCCUGCUUCAUCCUUUCAAAGACUUAUCGCAACUGCCCGUGGUGACUUCGAGCACCAUUGUGAGGUGCCGCUCCUGCCGGACCUACAUCAACCCCUUUGUCAGCUUCCUAGACCAGAGGAGGUGGAAAUGCAACUUGUGCUAUAGGGUGAAUGAUGUGCCUGAGGAGUUCAUGUAUAACCCUGUGACAAGAGUCUACGGAGAGCCUCAUAAAAGGCCUGAGGUCCAGAAUGCUACCAUUGAGUUCAUGGCUCCCUCUGAAUACAUGCUGCGUCCUCCCCAGCCGCCUGUGUACCUCUUUGUGUUCGACGUCUCCCACAACGCGGUGGAGACAGGGUACUUGAGUACAGUCUGCCAGACCCUGCUGGACAACCUGGACUUGCUUCCUGGGAACACUAGAACAAAAAUAGGCUUCAUAACAUUUGACAGCACAAUCCAUUUCUACAGCCUUCAGGAAGGCCUCUCUCAGCCUCAGAUGCUGAUUGUGUCAGAUAUUGAAGAUGUCUUUGUACCCAUGCCAGAGAACUUGCUAGUCAAUUUAAAUGAAAAUAAAGAGCUAAUUCAAGACCUGUUGAGGACCCUGCCACAGAUGUUUACCAAGUCCCUGGAAACUCAGAGUGCUCUGGGGCCUGCCUUACAGGCUGCCUUUAAACUGAUGUCCCCCACUGGAGGCAGAAUCUCUGUCUUCCAGACACAGCUUCCCUCUGUGGGAAUGGGAGCACUGAAGUCCCGGGAAGAGCCAAACCAAAGAUCCUCUGCAAAGGACAUACACCUGACACCAUCCACCGACUUCUACAAGAAGUUAGCCCUGGACUGCUCGGGCCAGCAGGUGGCGGUGGAUUUGUUCCUCCUCAGCGGACAAUAUUCUGACUUGGCCUCUCUGGGCUGCAUAUCCAGGUACUCUGCAGGCAGUGUCUACUACUACCAGUCCUACCACCACAAACACAACCCUGUGCAGGUGGAGAAGCUGCAGAAGGAGCUGAAGCGAUACCUGACGAGGAAGAUUGGCUUUGAGGCUGUCAUGCGGAUAAGAUGCACCAAAGGUCUCUCCAUCCACACCUUCCACGGGAACUUCUUUGUGCGCUCCACCGACCUGCUGUCCUUGCCCAACGUCAACCCGGACGCAGGCUACGCCGUGCAGAUGGCCGUGGAGGAGAGCCUCACGGACAUGCAGGUUGUCUCCUUUCAGUCAGCUCUCCUCUACACGUCCAGCAAAGGUGAGAGGAGGAUUCGUGUCCAUACCAUGUGCUUACCUGUUGUGACAACACUGAGUGAUGUCUACCUGGGGGCAGAUGUCCAGGCCAUCACUGGGCUGCUGGCCAAUAUGGCUGUGGACCGCUCGGUGUCGGCCUCGCUGAGCGACGCGCGGGACGCCCUGGUGAACGCCGUCAUCGACUCGCUGGCUGCCUACCGCAGCUCGGUGCUCAGCCUGCAGCAGCCCGGCCUCAUGGCCCCCCACGCCCUGCGCCUCUUCCCCCUCUACGUCCUGGCGCUCCUGAAGCAGAAAGCCUUCCAGGCCGGGAGCAGCGCGCGGCUGGACGAGCGCAUCUUCACCAUGUGCCAAGUGAAGAACCAGCCCCUUGUGUACCUCAUGCUGAUGACACAUCCCAGCCUCUACAGGGUCGACACCCUCACAGACGAGGGGGCUCUUAAUGUAAAUGACAGAACUAUACCUCAGCCCCCCCUUCUGCAGCUGUCAGUGGAGAAGCUGAGCAGGGAUGGUGCUUACCUGAUGGAUGCUGGCUCUGUCAUGUUUCUGUGGAUUGGGAAGAACUGUGGGCAGAGCUUUAUCACCCAGGUCCUGGGAGUCCCAAAUUACGGCUCGAUCCCACAGAACAUGACACAGCUCCCAGAACUUGAAACUGCAGAGUCCAUCAGAACAACAGCCUUCAUUGCCUGGCUGAGAGAACAGAGACCUUUCUUCCCUAUUCUCUAUGUAAUAAAGGAUGACAGCCCAUUGAAAUCAAGUUUUCUGCAAAAUAUGAUUGAAGACAGAACAGAAUCAGCCUUAUCAUACUAUGAAUUCCUCCUGCACAUACAGCAGCAAGUGAACAAAUGACACCCUGGCCUUUGGCUCACUUGUGGAAGGGAAGUCUGCAGUAAAGACCGCUUGUGCUUGUAAUACCUUCAUUAGAGCUGUGGCCUGAGGCAGGGGAUGAGAAGUUCUCACUGUGAUUUCAACCAACUGAAGCAAAUAAAGGACCACAUCUGAGAAUCAAAUGUGCAACUACGUAAUACUUACCUUAAACAAGAAAUCAAACUGUCGGGACUGGCUGAGCACCUCUAAUUCGCUGCAAAUCAUGUUUUUACUGUAAGUAGUUGCAGCAUGAAGUCCAUUUCCAAAGGCAAUACUGAAAAGGUGAAAUACAUUUUGUAAAAUAAAGAGUUCUCUGUUGUUCAAAAAUGUAUAUUUCUGGAACUCUUGGCAUUUAUUGGUAACUUAUUUUUUGCUGCUAGACAUGAAACCUCACAAUACUGAUCAUGAUUUGCAGGGAAACUUUCUAAGUGCAUCCUGUGAUUACAGAGAGAGCAUCUCAAUGUUCAGCUGCAGGUUGCAGUGAAACAGCUGCUCAUAGUGAAACCAACAAACCCUUGAGGCCUGGAACCCACUGCUUGGGCUGGGUUGUGGCUGAGAGGACUAAAGGUGAGCUUGACCCAGGCUGGCUGAGUUGGUUAAAGCUUUGGCUAAGUGUUCUCAUGAAAACACAGAGGGAGGAGAUGGCCUUGUGAGAGGCUGGUAGGUGGGUGACAAGCUGUGUUGUUCCCAGUAAAAGGAACAGCUUUAAUGUCGUUGGAGUGGUGUGGGAGGGGCAGGCCAGGGCAGGUUUAUCUCGGAUGUUUGGGGUUGUGUCUAGCAGGCUUUUGGCUCUUGAUGUUAGGGGCCUGACACUCCGGUGAUGUAAACGAGUGUGGUUUUGAAGUGAAUUCACGAGGCAGCACUUCAGACCCCAUGUCUGGAGACAGCACUGGCUGCUGCAGUUAAAAUUGGAGAAGAAAUUAUUGUUUCCAGAGACAAAACUCUUCCUUGUGUGUUUGAAGGCUGGGUCAUGUUUUGAGACAUGCUUGAAGCUUUCAGAAUCGUUUUUGGUUUUACUGCAGCUGUGCAGUGAGCCUUAGGUCCAAAGCCAGUGUGUGUGAACCCAAUACAAGCUUUAGAGACCCUCUCAGAUCUCUGCCAGGGAUGUGCCAGUGGGAAAUCAGACGUGUUUAUGCUUCCCAUCCCUGGCACCAUUGCAGGUCAGGCUAUUUGGGGCUCUGAGCACCCUGCUCUAGUUGCAGCUGUCCCUGCAGACUGCAGGGGGGUUGGACAAGAUGAGCUGUGAAGGUCCCUUCAACCCACCCCAUUCUGUGACAAGUAUUUAAAUCAUUCUAUUGGUGUGUUUUGGUCGUCGUUCUGCUUUGGAGAUGAAGCUAUCAAUGUAAAGAGCAUUUAAAUUGCUGCAGCCCUGGGUUCAUGGAAGUGCUUCAGGUGGAUAAAUCUUGGUCUUGUGGAGCCUGCUUCCCCAGGCAGGUACUUUGAGCAGAUAGAACGCUGGUGUCAGACAUCCUGCAAUUGUGGUAGUGAGAAGGUACAACUCAAAGGGCAUGGUGGGGUCAGCAUCUGCUACCCUUCCAGACUGCAGCUGCACAUGCUUGCCAGGAGCUGCUUUGCUCCAGAGGAGUUUCUUUGAGCAAGUUGAUCUGCCUGCUUCAGCAGAAGAAGCUGAAGCUCAGAACAGUGUCCAAAAGAGCAUGAGAAGGCUGUCACAGAAGCAGCUGCAGCUUCCCUGUCUGCUGUGUCCUGGGCAGUUCCUGGAACAGCUUUGCAGAGAAUUGCACCUUCUGCUUGGAGUGGUUUAAGUUUGCUGCCAAGGCAAAGGGGUCUCUUGAAUAAUAAAUGUGAGCUGUGCACAGGCUCAGAUUAUGACUUAAAACUUGUGUCUGGGGUCUAUUGUCACUCAGAUGCUGAAAAUCGUCCUCGUACCUGCCAGCCCACCCGAAGCCUGUUUCUUACUCUGGCUGUAUUUUGCUGCUCUAUCCCUUAGUGUUCUUGAAAAACAGAAACAUGGGAAGUGGCUUCAGUGCUCUGUGUGCACCAGGAUAGUGGCUGAAGCCUCUGUGGGCAUUAACAGCUUUGAAUUAGAGCUCCCAAGGCUUACAGAGCAAACAGUUACACAAGAAUCAGAUGAACCCUUUGGAGUUCAGUGGGGCAGAAGUUCUUUACUCAGUGUUAGUGGUUUGUUCCCUCUGCUGGUGCCCAUGGUGGCAUUGCCAUGAGGGCAGUACCAGAGGGCUCAACGCAGAAGCUACCUACACUGUGUCACUUUGAGCUACACUGAAGAAAGGCAAACUGCCGAAUCGGACAGGAGUGGCUCUGGUACUUAGGUCUCUGCCACUGCAACAUUCUCUAUUUUUUCUAGUCCGAGACUACUUUUGUUUGCAGCUGUUUCUGUACUGGGCACCUUAGUGGUCAGCCAACAUUGUUGCCAUCUGGUUUACUUUGCUUUCAUUAUCGGUUUGAACUGGCGCAAGCCCACACAGACCGUGGUGCAGUAGCAGAAGGAUUCACUUCUCUUUAGAAUUAACUUCCUAACAGGACUUAACCCAAGAGCAGAGUGGCUGUCAGGUAAGGGACAAUGAAAUGCCAUCUUUAAGGGUCUCUUUACUAUUCUGGAUGUGACCUUGCAGUAAAUCUGAUUUUGUAAAGCAGCGUAUGAUACUGUAAUACGAAGCCUCUGGUCUUCUGAAUGCAGACCACUUGAUCUUCAGGAUGAAGUUACAACUCUUGCCCCCUCUGAACCCGAGACAGGAUUUACUUGUCGCCCUUUUUACAGUUUGUAAUCCUCGCUGUUUUACUCCUGUAAAGAGUCAUUUGUACCACAUGCAAAGGCUUAUUUUAUCUGUGCUAAUUUAUCAGAUUUGGCUACUCAAUAAAAUCAAUUGAAAGAACUCAA